CCCGAACUAAAAUCGAUUAAGAGAUAGGGGACUCUGGUUAAAAGAGAAAUGAAAUUAACACAAAAAGUGUGCAAAUGCAUUUAAAGACAUUAAAAUCAAGUGGUCUUCAGCAGUUGUGAGGGUGUUCGACUUUACCUUAAAACUCCAAUUAAAAGGGUUAUCGAUUUUUUUUUAUCUACGCAGUCCUUUUGACGACUCUUACAGCUGAGCUCCAUAUAAGAAGAAUAAUUUUACAUGUGGAAAAUUCUAUAUUUUUGGUGCAUAAAUGUUUUUUUUUUAUAUGAAAUCGAACAUUUGAAUUUUCGUAUUAUAAAUUAAUCUUAUAAUCUAUGUUUUUUAAAAAUUGAACUUUUGAACAUGUAAAUAUAUCCACUUAUAAUUUAAUUAUUGUGAACUUGCCUUUUAAUCUAGUUAUUAUUAUUGUCCUGAAAAGAUCGAGUUGAGCGCACAGUAAAUCACUGCAUUAAAUUAUCAUCGAGUCAUCAGUGUCGAAGUCAAAAAGUCACCCCACUGCAAGUCAGAAGCCUUUUUAUCUGCCACCAUUGCCGUUGUUGCUCUUAUUAGCGUUCAGUGUAAGUGCGGACGAUUUCGUUAUUUUAAAAAUUUGCGUCCACAAACGGGUGUUUGUUUUGUGUAAACUAUCUGAGUGUUUAUCCGCCGAUAUAUACGUCGGCGGCGAAGUCACUUUGUAGCAGUAUCCGGCGAGCUUCACAUCCACAUUUAGCAGUAAGAUCAGUGCUGGAGAGGGCUACGUCAUUACCAGUAAUCGCGGUGUAAUUGUGUGGUAAACACAAAGCAAACGAUUUCUUAUCUCUUCGGCCUUGCAGAAAAGCAUCGAAAAUUAAUAAAUUAACAACUAUGGCACCUGUGCGGGGGGACGGCAUGAGAGGCCUGGCGGUUUUUAUAUCGGAUAUAAGAAACUGUAAAAGUAAAGAGGCCGAAGUGAAGCGCAUUAAUAAGGAACUCGCCAACAUUCGCAGUAAGUUCAAAGGCGAUAAAACACUCGAUGGCUAUCAAAAGAAGAAAUAUGUGUGCAAGCUGUUGUUUAUUUUUCUACUGGGGCACGACAUCGACUUUGGGCACAUGGAGGCGGUCAAUUUACUCUCUUCGAACAAAUAUUCUGAAAAACAAAUUGGUUAUCUAUUCAUUUCGGUUUUGGUAAACACUAAUAGCGAUUUGAUACGCUUGAUUAUACAGUCAAUCAAAAAUGACUUGCAAUCGCGCAAUCCUGUACAUGUGAACUUGGCUUUGCAGUGUAUCGCUAAUAUUGGCAGCCGGGAUAUGGCGGAGUCUUUCUCGAAUGAGAUACCAAAAUUAUUGGUAUCGGGUGAUACAAUGGAUGUUGUUAAGCAAUCAGCUGCACUUUGUCUUCUUCGUCUGUUCCGUUCCAGUCCUGACAUAAUACCAGGAGGAGAAUGGACUUCCCGUAUUAUACAUUUGCUCAACGAUCAGCACAUGGGUGUGGUAACUGCUGCUACUUCAUUAAUUGAUGCGCUUGUUAAGCGCAAUCCAGAGGAGUACAAGGGUUGUGUUAAUCUGGCCGUGUCUCGUCUCUCACGCAUUGUCACUGCCAGCUACACGGAUUUGCAGGAUUACACAUACUAUUUUGUCCCAGCGCCGUGGUUGUCUGUGAAACUUCUGCGCUUGCUGCAGAACUAUAAUCCAGUAACAGAAGAGCCGGGAGUGCGUGCGCGGUUAAAUGAAACACUCGAAACUAUUCUGAAUAAGGCGCAAGAGCCACCGAAGAGUAAAAAGGUCCAACAUUCAAAUGCCAAGAAUGCAGUUUUGUUCGAGGCUAUCAAUUUAAUCAUUCAUAGCGACAGUGAGCCAAAUUUGUUGGUGCGUGCUUGCAAUCAACUUGGACAAUUUUUGAGUAAUCGUGAGACAAAUUUACGUUAUUUGGCUUUGGAGUCAAUGUGCCAUUUGGCCACAUCGGAGUUCUCACAUGAAGAGGUGAAAAAGCAUCAGGAAGUUGUCAUCUUGUCUAUGAAGAUGGAGAAGGAUGUUUCGGUGCGCCAAAUGGCCGUGGAUCUGUUGUAUGCGAUGUGCGAUCGAGGCAAUGCUGAGGAAAUCGUGCAAGAAAUGCUGAACUACUUGGAGACGGCUGAUUACUCCAUACGCGAGGAAAUGGUGCUAAAAGUAGCAAUUUUAGCAGAAAAAUACGCCACUGAUUACACUUGGUACGUGGAUGUCAUUCUCAAUCUGAUUCGUAUUGCUGGCGAUUAUGUUUCAGAGGAAGUCUGGUAUCGCGUUAUACAAAUCGUUAUCAAUCGAGAGGAAGUACAAGGUUAUGCAGCAAAAACUGUAUUUGAAGCUUUGCAAGCACCGGCUUGUCAUGAAAAUAUGGUCAAAGUAGGCGGAUACAUAUUAGGCGAAUUUGGCAAUCUUAUCGCUGGAGACUCACGUUCCGCUCCACUCGUACAAUUUAAAUUGCUACACUCGAAAUAUCAUCUUUGCUCACCUAUGACUCGCGCACUCUUGCUAUCGACUUAUAUCAAAUUCAUAAAUCUAUUUCCCGAGAUACGUACCAAUAUUCAAGAAGUGUUCCGACAACAUAGUAAUUUACGCUCCGCAGACGCUGAGUUGCAACAACGUGCCAGCGAAUAUUUGCAGUUGAGCAUUGUAGCGUCAACUGAUGUGUUGGCCACUGUAUUAGAGGAGAUGCCGUCAUUCCCCGAGCGUGAAAGCUCGAUACUGGCUGUUUUAAAGAAAAAAAAACCUGGACGUGUGCCCGAAAAUGAGAUUCGAGAGUCGAAGAGUCCAGCCCCAAAUGCGGUGGUGCAAAAUAAUGUCCUUGUAAAUCAUAAGUUGAAUAGUAGUGCCAACGCAGACUUGUUAGGUUUGAGCACACCGCCAGCUGGCUUAAAUAACCAGGGUAGUAGCACUUUAAUCGACGUGUUGGGUGAUUUCUACGGCAAUAAUAAUGCGGCGACUUGCAACACCAAGAAGUUCCUCUUCAAGAAUAAUGGAGUACUUUUCGAAAAUGAAAUGCUGCAAAUUGGUGUGAAGAGUGAGUUCCGGCAAAACCUUGGACGUUUGGGGCUUUUUUAUGGCAACAAAACACAAAUACCGUUGAUGAAUUUUAUGCCAGUACUUCAGUGGAGUCCAGAGGAUGCACUUAAGCUUAGUGUACAGGUAAAACCAGUAGAUCCCACACUGGAUGCUGGGGCACAAAUACAGCAGUUACUUACAGCUGAAUGUAUUGAGGAUUAUGCGGAUACACCUACCCUUGAAGUGAAUUUCCGUUAUAAGAAUGUGCCACAGAAAUUCUGCAUUAAAUUGCCACUGACAUUAAAUAAGUUUUUCGAACCAACAGAAAUGAAUGCGGAAUCGUUUUUCGCACGAUGGAAAAAUUUGGGAGGCGAGCAACAAAGGGCUCAAAAGGUAUUUAAGGCCCAACAGCCCCUUGAUCUGCCCGGUGCACGCAAUAAGCUGAUGGGCUUUGGCAUGCAACUAUUAGACAGUGUCGACCCCAAUCCCGAUAAUAUGGUGUGUGCAGGUAUUAUACACACACAAACGCAGCAAGUGGGCUGUUUGCUACGGUUGGAGCCAAAUAAACAAGCACAGAUGUUUCGACUAACCAUUCGCGCUAGCAAAGAGGCUGUCACCCGCGAAAUGUGUGAGCUUCUUACGGAUCAGUUUUAAGAAAAUAAGGAGCCACGAACACCUUAGUUUAGGUUGAAAAAGUGAAUAUUAAAAGAAAAAAGAACAACGUAGCUGGAUUGUGUAAGAGACUUGAACGCUUCAAUAAGAAUCAGGUUCUUAUGGUCAUACAAAAAAAGCAAAGAAAAAUCUAUUGAAAAAUAACUAUUAUAUCAUAUUUAGCACAAUUCGCAAAUCUAAAGGUUUACCAAAAAAAAACUUUAUGAUUAAAUUAACUAAAACUUAAAAUUUAUGAACAAUUGAAUAGCUUUUGCAAUACACUAGCAUAACAAAUCUUUUGAAAAUAGUGUUGCCAGAUUUGAGAAUUUCGUUUUCUUGAAUGUAUGUGAAAAUUUAAAAGUGUAAUGAAUUUACGCUUAUUCGUUUCAACUAGCUAGAUCUACAAUUGAGUGAUUAAAGUACAUGUUUUCCCUUUCAAAGCACAACAAAAAAUAAACACUACAAAGUUUGUUCGUUUAGACUUAAAAUGGGAACAAAAGUAUAUUGAAAAUGCAUUGAGAAGGUUUAAAGACGUACAACGUGAGUGGAAAAGUAUUAAAAAUAAAACAAUCUUUACAUAAGUCCAUAAAGAAUCAUGAUGUAAGUUAUAACUUGUAUAUUCAAACUUACUUUAUACAUAUGUAUGUGAAAAGGGAAAUCAAUAUAAUUAUUGCUAGGUUAAUUUAUUGCAAAAGUGAGACGAAUUGUAAAAAGGCAAAACAUCCAUGCUUUGACAGAGAAAAGUGAAAUUAUUCUAUCUAGUAAACUGGUUUAGCGGGUCGGAUCGUUGCUUGAAGCUAAGGAAUAUGACGAGUAGCUUUUGAGCAAAAUACAAAUCCAUGAAAAGCCUUUUUUUAUUUAGUUCAAGUUUCUUUUGAUAAAAAAACUGUAUAUACCCUUUUUAAAUCAGUUCAUUAUACUUAGUAUAAAUAGCUAAUAAGGGGACUGUUGCAGUAAAUAUCUGACAAAAUUUCAUUAUCGUUGUCAUUACCAAUAAAACAGUAAUAAUGUUCUAUUCAAUACUACAAUGCAAGAAUAUGCAUGUUGUAAAAGAAUUUAAAUAAUCUCAUACAAGAAAUAAUAAAUAUACAAAUAAAAUUAAAACUCAUGAAUUUGUUGAA